AGGAGUGCGCAUAGAAGAACGUCCGCAUUUACACACAGACCACGAUGGAAAGCAAUUUCGGCAUCAUAAAUGAAGUGAUAAAGGACGCCUUGUCUGUAUCCAUCGAAGCUCGUGAGAAACCAAAAGAGCUAAAUAUUCGAGCAGCCCUUCGCAGGUUAUCGUGGCCUUCCCUGAAUCAUGGUCUCCGGAGGACUGGUCCUGUAAAGACAGCAAAGCCAAGCCUUUCGGAGAGACCGAGAUCGACCGAUUCGACCCUGUGAAGUUCCCUUCUCUCAGGAGGAUCGGCAAAGAUGAGGUCGCCACAGUCAACGGAGCAUUCAUGGCACGAUUCGUUCGGAUUCUGGAGGACAGUAGUCGAACUUUACGCAAGGAGGUAGAAAAGGCAAAGAACGAGAAUAAGCAGAUGAUAUUUACAGGCCAUUCAUCCGGCGGUCCAAUCGCGAUUUUUGCAACUGUUUGGUUCCUUGAGGAGCACAAAAGAUCACUGAAAAAGGAGAUUCCCCGUGUUUUCUGUUUAACAUUUGCAUCCCCACUAACCACUGACCGCACCUUUUGCCAUGCCAUCGGGCGUGAGGGUUGGUCUGAUUACUUUGUCCACUUCGUUAUGAAACUCGACAUCAUUCCCAGGAUUCUACUCGCUCCUUCCUCCUCUGUGGAGGGGUUGCUAAAAGAAAUUCACAAUUUCAAGAACCCGCAUCACAAACCCAUUUUAGAAGACUUGAUUCCUUCUUUUGUGAAUGUGAGGAAGCAUGCAUCGUGCGUUGCAAACUAUGCAGCUUGUGCACUAACGGGAACCAAACAUACGUUGUUUGACACCAUGUCUAGAUUCAUCAAGCUAAGCCCUUACAGUCCGUGUGGGAAGUAUUUCUUUUGCACUGAGACCCACGUGUUGGUGGUUGUGGAAAACCCGGAUGCUGUUCUUCAACUGUUGUUUUACUCUUUACACAUCAAGUUUGAUCCAGAGCUCAAGAAGAUAGCAGAGGAAAGCUUAAAGGCAUGUUGGAGAUAUAAAGAUGCAUUAGAUAAAAGCUUGGCUCAGCCCUCUGUAGUUUCGUUGGACCUUCAAGAAUUACCUCUCAGCUCAAAUGAUGACACACUAAACGACCUUAACCUGGGCACAUCGGCAAGGCUGUGCCUCCGUGCUGCUGGAGAGUCGGAGAAGAAGAAACUGGAUAACCUGCAAAAAAUAAAAGACAAGAUGGGUACCAAAAAUAAAGCCCUAGAUGCAUUAGAAAUUUACAGCAAGGGAGGAUAUUAUGAUGCUUUCAAAUUGCAAAAGGAGGAGGAAGACUUCAGGGUUAACGUAAAGAGACUUGAACUGGCAGAUAUUUGGGACGAGAUUAUUGAAAUGCUAAGACAAGAGGAGCUCCCAGAUAUAUUUGAGGCAGCAGAAGAAUGGGAGGCUCUCGGCACGAGGUUUCGCAGACUUGUGGAGCCAAUAGACAUAGCCAACUACUAUCGACACUCUAAAGAUGGUGUGUCAGGUCCAUACAUGGGCGAAGGAAGGCCAAGUCGGUACAAAUAUACUCAAAGAUGGCGAGAACACGCUAAGCAGUUGCCGAAAGGUUCAUGUGGUGAAUCCUGCUUCUGGGCUGAGGUGGAAGAGCUCAACCUUGCGUCUGCUAAUGAAAAACGGCAGAAAGCUUUGGAGUUGAAGGAGAAACUGAAACAGUGGCACGAGAAAGGGGAGAUUAGGGAGGAUGCCUCCACGAAGGACACUGCACUUGUAAAAUGGCUCCUUGGCAAUGACGAAGCGGAGUGCCCCAUCGAAAGUGUAAUAGAGAGCUAAAGGAGGUUUUGCCUGAAAAACCGGGCCCAGCAACUGGCUGGCAUCGUUCAAAGAGGAUUGUUACGCUUUGCUGUUGCUUUUCUCUAUAAAAUUAGUGUUAU